AUGGAGUGGCAGGGUGGAGGAGGAGCUGGAGUGGCAGGGUGGAGGAGGAGCAGGAGUGGCAGGGUGGAGGAGGAGCAGGAGUGGCAGGGUGGAGGAGGAGCAGAAGUGGCAGGGUGGAGGAGGAGCAGGAGUGGCAGGGUGGAGGAGGAGCAGGAGUGGCAGGGUGGAGGAGGAGCAGGAGUGGCAGGGUGGAGGAGGAGCAGGAGUGGCAGGGUGGAGGAGGAGCAGGAAUGGCAGGGUGGAGGAGGAGCAGGAGUGGCAGGGUGGAGGAGGAGCAGAAGUGGCAGGGUGGAGGAGGAGCAGGAGUGGCAGGGUGGAGGAGGAGCAGGAGUGGCAGGGUGGAGGAGGAGCAGGAGUGGCAGGGUGGAGGAGGAGCAGGAAUGGCAGGGUGGAGGAGGAGCAGGAGUGGCAGGGUGGAGGAGGAGCAGGAGUGGCAGGGUGGAGGUGGAGCAGGAGUGGCAGGGUGGAGGAGGAGCAGGAGUGGCAGGGUGGAGGAGGAGCAGGAGUGGCAGGGUGGAGGUGGAGCAGGAGUGGCAGGGUGGAGGUGGAGCAGGAGUGGCAGGGUGGAGGAGGAGCAGAAGUGGCAGGGUGGAGGAGGAGCAGGAGUGGCAGGGUGGAGGAGGAGCAGGAGUGGCAGGGUGGAGUAGGAGCAGGAGUGGCAGGAGUGGCAGGGUGGAGGAGGAGCAGGAGUGGCAGGGUGGAGGAGGAGCAGGAGUGGCAGGGUGGAGGAGGAGCAGGAGUGGCAGGGUGGAGGAGGAGCAGAAGUGGCAGGGUGGAGGAGGAGCAGGAGUGGCAGGGUUGAGGAGGAGCAGAAGUGGCAGAGUGGAGGAGGAGCAGAAGUGGCAGGGUGGAGGAGGAGCAGGAGUGGCAGGGUGGAGGAGGAGCAGGAGUGGCAGGGUGGAGGAGGAGCAGGAGUGGCAGGGUGGAGGAGGAGCAGGAGUGGCAGGGUGGAGGAGGAGCAGAAGUGGCAGGGUGGAGGAGGAGCAGGAGUGGCAGGGUGGAGGAGGAGCAGGAGUGGCAGGGUGGAGGAGGUCAGAUAAGUGGAGGAGGAGCAGGAGUGGCAGGGUGGAGGAGGAGCAGGAGUGUCAGGGUGGAGGUGGAGCAGGAGUGGCAGGGUGGAGGAGGAGCAGGAGUGGCAGGGUGGAGGAGGAGCAGGAGUGGCAGGGUGGAGGAGGAGCAGGAGUGGCAGGGUGGAGGUGGAGCAGGAGUGGCAGGGUGGAGGAGGAGCAGGAGUGGCAGGGUGGAGGAGACAGACAGGCCACGCCCCCCUGUCCCCUCACUGUGAACUGUAAAAACGACGCUGAAAACGACGCUGAAAACGACGCUGAAAACGACGCUGAAAACGACGCUGAAAACAUCGUAUGGUCCAAGGGAUAA